UCGUGCCAGUUUGCACCACUUGAACGGAUAUAAAUUCUUUCAUGCUUGAACGGUAUCGUCAGAUCCUCACAUCCUCACAAUAUCGCCAACUCUAACCUGAGUGACAUUUGUGAGUCAUUAAGCGUAUCGAAGAGUCCCCAGAGUGUUGUGACUGAUCACAGAUCAACAUGGCGGAGGUGAAGCGCUUGGUGUUGUUGAGCUUGGCAGCUUUUCUAAUGGUCACCAUGGUGGCCCGCAAUGUCGAUGCUCAAUGCAGCAUCAACCAGCUUGCAGGGUGCGCUAAUGCCGUGACCAGCGGUGCACCCCCGAGCGUCACAUGCUGUGCCGAGGUCGGUGCGGCCGACCCCGCCUGUUUCUGUAAAUUGCUUUCAGGUAAUAGUUACCCGGACGCCUAUGUCACCAACGCCCUUCUGGUACCGAGUAAGUGCGGUGGAGCGGCUGAAGCCAAAUUCAAGGGCAGGAACUGCGCGGGUCAUGUGGUUCCUUGAAGGAUACUCUCGUUUAUCAUUCAUGGAUCGUUGACUAGGCGACGACCAGGUUGCACUGAAAGUGGGUUCAGACUUGUAUGAGGGGCGGUACGUAAAUCUCUAUUGUUGGUAUAUAUAGGGGGUUAAGUGUCUGCAGAAGGACGCCAGGGUGCGGAAGCAACCAUUAAACCAAAUCUCGUGAAGAACAGGACACUUGAGGUAGAAUAAAUCACAAGGGACGAUAAAUCAAUGCAGAAGCUCUUCAUCAGUGUUGGGCACUGCAUGUGAAGUUAGUUUGCAAUACAGGCUGCUCAGCAAUUCUCUGCACCACUUGCACGUAGAUAGGGUUGGUUUAGUUCGAGGCAGUAUCCUGUGAAAUAUUUUUAGAAAAAUUAUAAUACAAGGAAUAAAACGCAUAUUUUUCAAAGGUUCCA